AUGUUUAAAUUGCUACUCAUCGCCACAACACUUUUCGCCUUUGCUUACGCUGCUGGUGAUCCUGCGGAUGCUCACGCCACCAUCCUGAAGUAUGUGAAUGAAGUGAAUCCCGAUGGCAGCUACAAUUACGCGUACGCAACGUCGAAACGGAUUCAGGCGCAGGAGAGCGGUGUUGGCAGCUCAUAUGCCGCUGGCUCAUACUCGUACAUCUCACCCGAGAGUCAGCCCAUACAAUUGACUUACACAGCCGAUGAAAAUGGUUAUCAACCCAAAGGUGAUCAUUUGCCUACGCCGCCACCAAUUCCAGAUUACAUUCUGAGAGCGCUUGCUUACAUUGAAGCGCAUCCAUUCGAGAAGAUUCAGCUGAAAGGAAAGUAAA